AUCACAAACUCAGUGAGAUAUUAUUCAACCUCUGAGGUUUGAAAGUGAAGUUAUUAAAAGUUACUUUACAAGGCUUACUACGGUCGGAUGCAGGCAGCCGAGCUGCCGGUAAUAGCGCACCGGCACGCAAUGCAUCUUGGGAUAUGCUGGGCCGCGAAGGAUACAUCAGAUGUGUCCUCCAACUCUGGGACCAGAAGGCUGCAUUCUGCAUUGAAGGACUCUUCAACAGAAACUGUGACGCAACCGGUCUACGAAUGCAGCCUCCGAAUAUUUCUUCAUAUGGAUCAAAGUAAAACGAGUAGUUUUUUUCUUAUUUAAAGUAUUUAAACAGAUACUUUGGUAACUUUAAGAGAAAAAUGACCGAGCGGAACCAAACAGGAAAGGACCGGAAGUGAAAUAGUCGGGAAGAAAAUAAAGAGCGGACCCGUUGAUGCGCGGUUUGUUUCGUGUUGCGUGUGAUUCUCGGUGUAAAUAUAGUCCCCGUCACCGGCAGAAAACACAACACCGGUCUGUUAACCGGAAACAUUAAAACCGGAAUUAACAUCUGAACAGUGAAACUCGAGGAGUAAGUCGUCCUGCCGCACAGCCUGCUGGGUAAUAUGUUAACGACAGCGCUGCGUUGAUUGGAGCUCCGUGGCGCGUGGAGGCAGAAAGUAAAGACACAAUAAUAAAGACAAAGUAAGGACAAACAGACUUUAAUGAAGAAACGGCGAUAAGGAGAAGAGACGGAAGCCGCUGACGACAUGUCUGUCUCUCUGUCAGCAGAGAGAGACAGGGUCCAGCGACAGGUCGAGCAGCUGGAACAGAGUCUGUCUGCAACACACGCUGAACUGGAGCUGCUGAGCAGUGAGACAGAUGAUGAAUCAGAUGGGGAUGACGCAGAUGAGGAGACACGGUCUGCUGCAGGUCUGUUGGCUCAGAAAGAAAAGAUCCAGAAUGAGAUCCAGAACCUGGAGGAAGUCCUGGGACAACAUAGUCCUGUCAGUGUGUCAGAUAAUGACGACGACAGCAGCAGCAGCAGUGAGGAGAGUGAGCUGGCUCUGUCUCCGUCAGCAGACUCGUGUCUUCAGAUGAACCUCGUCUACCAGCAGGUGGUUCAAGAAACGCUGGACCAGCUGGAGACACUACUGACACACAACCACAGACAGCAGGUCAGUACUGACAAUCAACCACAGACAGCAGGUCAGUAUUGACAGUCAGCUACAGACACUAAGUCAGUAUUGACAGUUGGCUUCAGACACCAGGUCAGUAUUGACAGUCAGCUACAGACACAAAGUCAGUAAUGGCAGUUAGCUACAGACACCGGGUCAGUAUUGACGGUUAGCUACAGACACCGGGUCAGUAUUG